AUGAAGCAAAUGAAGCACAAGGCAGUUUCCCAUCGGAAACAAAAGUCCCAGGAUAUCGGUCCUCGAAGAUCUACCGCAAAACCAGCCAAAACUCGGGAAGAACGUGCGCCAUUGCCGUCCCCAGCGCCGCCGGCGUUUGAUAUCGUGAUUCCAAAGGGACUACGGACCAUCCUUGUCAAUAGCAGGGCGCAAAUCAAGCAGGGAAACAUUCUCGUGCUCCCAAAGGAAUAUAUAGAGUAUCCUAAUCUUCCAGAGAUACACAAGACCCAGCAUGUUCUCAACCUCGAGCAAAAGCCUCCCAACGUCGAUGAAGUAUGCGCAGAAUUCAGCCGAUACUACCUAGACGCGACCGAUAAGACUCUCGAGAGUCCGGAAAAGAAGGAGGCUCUGGUCGCUGUGAUUACGCGUGGGAUACUUGUCUACUUUCAAAAAACACUGCCUACCAACCUGUUAUACAUGGAAGAACGCGGUCAAUAUGCGUUUCUAGACAACAAAUAUCGCACCGGUAUUGGUUCCGCACAUGAUACUGGCGACGAGCCGGUCAUGAGUGGUUGGUACGGCGCCGACCACCUUUUGCGACUGUUGGUCAAACUUCCCGAGAUUCUCUCCCUGGGCUCUCUCGACAGCUACUCGAUAAACCUCAUCGCAAAAUACGUCCGUGAGAUGCUCGACUGGAUGGAGGUGAACAAAGAGCGGCUAUUCCUCUCGACCUCGUUGUAUCGAAAAAUACCGACCUGGUACCAGACAGACAUUAGAAGUAGAGCGUCAGGGACAAAGACAGGAGACAGCAUUUUCAAUUUUGCAUUCUUGCUUUCCUCCACAACUGUUCGCAUGGCACCUAAACUAGUCCUUUCGCAUCAAGCGUAUCUAUCUAUGCUUUUACAUGCCUCGAAGCACCCGCAUCGAGCUGUAAAUGGUGUACUCCUCGGUCCAACCUCUGGAGGGAGUGAAAUUGUUGUCGAACAAGUGAUACCGCUUCUUCACCAUUGGACAACACUGAGUCCUAUGAUGGAACUAGGACUUGAGCUCGCAUCAACAUACGCAGCAAACAGCGGUUUGCGAGUCGUUGGCUACUACCAAGCGAGUCCAACCGUUCAUUCUCAAGGACUUGGACCAGUUGGAGAAAAGAUUGUCAGCAGACUCCGCGCGUCUGUGCCAGACGCCGCUGGCAUCCUGAUUCAUCUUGACGAGUUACGAUCAAAAUCAUCCAAGACUACACCCGGAAUCGUGGCCAACGGAUCGAACCAAAUGGAGCUCCAGGACCGCAAUUCUCCAGCUCGAACGCUCGAGCUGAUCAGCACCGGGCUUCAGACCAGGUUUUACGACUUUGAUGAUCAUUUGGAAAACGUUCAUCUCGAUUGGUUGAAGAACGAAGCUUGCGCAGACAAGAAUUGA